AUGUACACCUCGACGUACCUCACUCGCCUACUUACUUUCCUCCUGUGUAUCGUAUCACCCCUCUACCUCGCCCUGCGUGGCUCUGCCUCUUUUUCCGACAUUGCAGUUCUUCUGUCUUCCCUCUCUGAACGUGCUGAAGCCCUCCACGUCGCGCUCACUUCCUCGCCCGUCACCCCUUCUGCGCCGAUCUCUAAGGAAGCCUUCGAAGCUCCCGCCGAGCCCAUCAGUUCCGUACGGACACACGAAGGCGUAAGAAGGAAGAAAUACCCUUCACUUCCCAAUGGACUGGCACACUGCAUCAACUCCUUCGAGCAGUAUUCGUUUCUCGCUGAGCAAGUGCUACAGCGAAAGCAUGCGCGUUACGCCAAGCAGGCGCCCGCAUAUAAGGCUCUUAGCAACAAGCUCGGCUAUCCUGCGCACUUCGAGAAAGCUAGGAAGGGUAUCGAGGUGAAUGCCCGAUUCUCAGAACAGAUUGCGCAGAUCGCGAGAGAGGAUUACCGCACUGGCUCGCGAGCGCUGGAAGACGAGGAGGAUGCAGAUUUUGGAUCUGUAGACCUGGCGUUUGGUCAUCUUUCGCGAGACUGGAGCACGCAAGGCGCAAAGGAGAGGCAAGCCGUAUUUCCGCCUGUUCUGGAUGGACUGGAGCAACACUUUGGCGAGCACGGUGAAGGGAAGAAAGUGCUUGUGCCUGGAAGCGGUAUGGGUAGGCUGGCGAGCGACAUCGCUGAUCUCGGGUACGAUGUCACGGCCAACGAACUGGACUACGGUUCCAUACUGGCUUACCACCUGCUCACGAACCACACAACUUCACUGCACCAGCACACACUGCAGCCUUUCGUGACCAAAUGGACACACCAGUCUAAUCCCUCCUCACGCUACUCCGCUCUAACGGUUCCGGACCACUGGCCAAACAAAGCCGUCAAACUCGUCGAGGGCGACUUCCUGGAGAUGUUUCCCCAGGACGGUGAGUUCGACGCGAUCGUCACGUUGUUCUUCAUCGACAUUUCCCCAAAUGUGAUUGACUUCCUAAGCAACAUACAUCGGUUGCUGAAGCCUGGUGGAGUGUGGAUCAACCUUGGACCGCUGAAAUGGGGCACCCACACUGCUCUCCAGCUCUCUGCGGAGGAAGUGCUCGAACUGGCAGAUUUGCUCGGGUUCGAUGUGGACCAUACGUCUAGGAAGAGCAUCGACAGCCUUUAUGCAGAGCAGCCGGAGACGUUGCUGAAAUUCACUUAUGGUGAGCACCCGACGUUCCUGAUUGAGGUCUUGAAGAUCGUUGCUGAUAGGACGGGCAGUCACACAGUUUUGGACAGCGACGAAGAGGAAGUAAGAAUGAUUUUCGCAACUUGCCAAGACGAAAAGCGGGGAACAAUCUGGGGGCUUGAACUGAAGUACAUACCUAUGUAG